AUGAGUCACGGGAGCGAGAUCUCUGGCGGGCUUUCUACAACCCGCAAGAACAAAGUCUUUCUCGAGACUGCACCACGCAAGAAAGGAAGGAUUCGCGGGAUUGGUUCUCUCCAAUCGCAGAUCGACUGUUCGAUUGGUGAUUCUCUUCAUGGCUCCGUCUCAUCUCGAUCUGAGGAAUCCCGAGAGUUGGCAGAGAUGAAGGCUCGGCUUGCUUCUCAAAACACGAUGUUAGCAUGCUACAAGGAGAUGUUUGACGUUUUGGUCACACAGGAUGACCGCCUAGCAUCUAUUAUGGCACGCCAUUUAUCACAGCAGCAGCCGGGAUCUAGCAGUGCACAACAUCCGCCAUCGCCAUCUGACGGAACUGACGGAACGGGAACAGGAACCAACUCUACUCAGUUUUAG